AGAAAACUGAAGGGCUCGCGCACAUCUCUGAUGAGACACCUUGCAGAGCGCGUGAGACUAACGUGCGAAGAUAAAAGAAAUGCUGUUGGACACCAGCAGCGGGCUCACGAGUCAGGCGGUGGCUGUAAUCUGAAACCAGUUCGAGAAGGGGACCAAUAACGAGCCAUGAAAAAACACCUGAGCCCCACGAAGCAGCAGCAUGACCACCACCAGCCGCCGCCCCCACCGACAGACAUCCCGGCUGCUGGCGGCGAGUUGACCGUAAACGAGCUCAACGAGCUCCUCUCCGACGGCAGCGGCUUCUACAACCUCCCCACCCAGCACUUCAAUGAGGUCUUCCCCAGGAUUUACAUCGGAAACGCGUUUGUGGCCCACAACCCCAUGCGACUGCAGAAACUUGGUGUGACACAUGUCCUCAACGUGGCAGAGGGCACCUCCUUCAUGCACGUCAACACCAGUCCAGAGAUGUACACCGGCACUGGGAUUACGUACCACGGCAUUCCAGCCAACGACACAAAGGGCUUCAACCUCAGUGCCUUCUUUGAGGAGGGGGCUGAUUUUAUAGACAGAGGACUAGCACACCAUAAUGGCAAAGGGAAGGUGUAUGUACACUGCAGAGAAGGCUACAGCCGCUCCCCGACCAUGGUUGUUGCUUACCUUAUGAUGCGCCACAAAAUGGACGCCCGGACGGCUCUCGCCACCGUGAGACAGAAGAGAGAGAUCGGCCCUAACGAUGGCUUCCUUCUCCAGCUGUGCCAACUUAACGAGAAGCUGGUGAAGGAGGGUAAGCUGAACGGAGAGGUGGGCAAAACGAAGACCAAAUAAAAACAGGAGAGAUGUCUGUAGGACCGGUCUCUUCCUGCCAGGCAGAUCGCAUCCUAACCAAACCAGCACCCGUCUAACAUAUCAGGGGUACAAACAUGCAUUUAUCUGUGUAAAUACCUUCAUAUGUGCACAAACAGUUUCAUUUCCCAUUCUCCUUUUUAUUAGUCCACACUUCACCUCCGGGCAGAUUUUCCUGCAAAUCUUUGCUCUAAAUUUAUAUAGUUACAAGCUUACCUUCCUGAGGCAUGUAUUUAAUUCCCACAAGUUAAUAAGACAAACACCUUGCCCUGAUUUAUAAAACACCCUUACAAAUUUGUAUUUAACAGAUUAUAGCACAAUCAUUCCAUAGUUUUCCACUGCCGGAAUGUCAGUGAUGUCUCUGUGAACAGAAGUAAAUUUCAAACAUAAAAAUAAAAUUCCUUAUUAAUAAAAAUGUGUGACCAUGGACAAAGAGUGCAGGAAGGAUAAUCCCAAACAUUCCAUAGAAACUACAGCAGAAAAAAAGACGCCCAGAUUUUAUCCUUAAAAUACUUAAGUCUUUAUCUUCCUUCUGCUGCUUUGUGGCAGAUGUUUCAUGCACAAAACAAGCAAAACAAUGAAAAACACCUUCUCACUCUCAAAUGCAUCCAAACUCUGGCUGUAGCGUUUCAGUUUUGGCCUCUAGCUUGACAACAUUGGCAGUGAAAGUGUUUAUCCACCGAGAAACAGGAAGGGUUGAGAUAAUUAAAAAUAAUGAGCUGUGUGGGUUACUCAUGUUACAGCUGUGUUUGUGAGUAUGACAGAUAUUCCUUUUAGUUGGAUUGUGAGGUCUCCAUGGUAAAAAGGUUGAAAGGCAAUAUCUAUUUCAAUUAUAUUUUAAUCAAUUUUAAUUUUAUUAACUUCCAUGUGACAAAAUCAAUAUUCUCCAGCUGAAAAAUAUUCUCAGAUGUACAACUUGACAUCUACUUUAUAUGUGGCUAGCCUUUUGAUUGCAAAGGCAGAUAAAGUAAUCUCCAAGUUCUCUGCAGCACUAUAAGCCAGUCCAAGGUUUACAUUUUUAGUUGUGUAUAAAAUCUCUGUAAUAAAUCAGAAAUUACAGUAGAAUGAUCUGUCUUCACUGGAGGGAAAUUUUCUCCACUACAAAUUCUUGUUGUACUGCAGUAACCAAAGCUAAUUUAAAUUAAAAGCAUAGUUUAUUGAAAGGGAAAGUUUACAGUUCAUCAUAUUUUUUCCCCCUUUGGCUUCUUAUGAUGUUGCACGAUCAAGUUUUAGAGUUUUGUUCCCUCCUUUAAGUAAACUGUACCUGGAUGAAACUGCCAAGGUCUAAACCUUGAUUAAUUUGCUCGUCAGCCAUUCUGUUUUAAUCUUGCUGCUGCGUAGGUUUAUUGUCCAGUUGAUGACCUCGUUUGAACCAAGGUUUGCCAUCCUAAGUUGCGUUGCUGUUUUCGUCUUUGUGAGUGGAGGCAAAAACAGACAAUAUUUUCUCUUUUAGUAUCAAGACGCUAAAAUUACUUCAACGGAAAGCAGACUUCUCCAGUAUUUUGCACAUUGCUUCAAUGUUUUAACAGUGUUCAAUCUGUCUACUAUAUGAAAGCUCCUGAUUUAAUGUAUCCUAAAUGAAGGUUUGCCAAUAAAAGAGAAGAUUAUAAGCUUUAUCUUUCAAAGUGCGAGGGCCAAUAUGCUGUCAUAAGGGAGGUUCAAAAAGCCAAUUUGAAUCUAGAGGCCUUUUAGUGUCAAACGUAUCAGCUGGGAAGGAUGCCAUUGGCCUUCAAUCAAGAGAGUUUCUGUCAUCACAACAGAGAGUAAAUCCACUGCCAGUUCUCUGACACAGCCCUUCAACCAGUAUCAUAUGCCACUUUUUCAUCAACACAGUUUAUCACAACACACCCACACCAAUAAAGGUGUGCCAGACAGAAACUCAUGCAAACACAAACAUACACUUCCUUUGUUUGUAUGCACUAAAGCAUUGCAAUAUAUGUCAAUACCCUAUCAGAUAUAUAGAAUGUAAUCAUAUUUAGAAUGACUAAUCCAGCAGUACUCAUUAUGUAACAACCUCGGUUCUAUAAUUCUUUGCUAACGACAUUGCAUUUACAGCAUUAGUAGACAGAAGUGUAAAUUAUUUUGUCCGGGAAAGGAUGAUAUAUACAGUAGAUUACAGUGAAAUAUGUAAAGAAAAUCUCGCUUCAGUAUGAAAGUCUGUGUCCAGUAAUCCAGAUUAUAUUAAACUCUGGAGGGACAAAUAUUAAAAUGACUUUUUCACCUCAUUAAUGCCAUUAUUAAUUCCUCUCUCAAUAUAUCUGUAUACAUCUGAAUAUAUAUAUGUAUACUGUAUAUACAUAUUUAAGUGUUGACAUAUAUGAAUGUACAAGCAAUGUGUCUAUAACUUGUAGGUAUUGUCAUUAUGUUCUUUAAUAUCAUGUUAUAUUUGUAUAUGGGUCUUUCCGCCAUUGUCACUGUUUUAACAACAAAACUACAUGUUCAUUAAUAUUCAGAUAUGCAUGUCAAGUGCUGUAUAAUUGUGAUAUUUUAACCACUUUAUUUUAACUAGGGCACUUUCCAUUUUGUUAAGAGAUGCAAUCAGUUGGCCACAGAUUAUGAGGGCAAUUUGUUAAAUUUUCUGUUUGCAGUUUGAAUAUGUUAUACUCUUAAUAUUUAGAGUUUAUAAUACUUAGAAGAAAAAAUUAUUUCAAACAGUAAAAUUUAUAAGAACCCUGGAGCGAUUAGGAACAUGCUUUAUCACAUAAAUAGAAGUAUUCUUGUUGUUUUAUUAAAGCACCUGAAACACAUUUUUCCUUUUCUCUGUGUUCUCGUACUUAGAUUGGGAAAAAUCAUAUUAGACAUUGGCCAGGACAAGCUUGAUUGGUGCAUCUCUGAUAUCUUUUUCUAGUUUGUCACCAUGGACUUUCUUCAUGAAUUACAUGCAUACUAAUUAUCAGCAGGUGUACCAUCAUACACAAGGAUGCACUAAUGGCAAUCACCCAUAUAAAUGGUAGAUUUUAUACAUAAGCAGAACAACGUAUUUCUUUGUGCCAUUUCACCACAUUUUCUCUCACAGGUUGUGCUUAUUACAAGUAAGAAGAAAUUAAAAAAAACACAACGUGAAGGUUGUUCACUGUAGAAACUAUCCACUCCACACAAACUCCCUUCAAAAAGUAUAAGCUGUAAUGUCACUAGAUUAUUUGACACAGAGCAGUUUUUUCAAUUAUGCAUCAAUCUUAAAUUCAACAAAGUCUUAAGUUUUUUUUUUUUUUAUCUAAAAAUUUUAAUUAUGGGACAUUUUUGCAUAAGAUGACCUUUACCUAAAAAGCAAACAGCAUCUGUUCAGUCUUGCUGAUAUUCUCACAUAACUGUCGCCCUCUAGUGACACAGAAACAGAUGGUGUAGCCGCCUGUUUUCUGUAUGAAUGACUUUUAUUUCACUUUGCAAACGGUGGGUGCAUAGGACAUAAAAAUCUAACUAUUUAGGAACUUGACCACUAGAUGAUUCAUACUCUUGUUGUGUAUUCUGUCUUUAUUUAUCCUGUUUAUAUGAAAAUUCAAGAAUGAGACCAUUUUAUCAUCAUCAGUAGCAGCAGCUUUAUUAAAGACACAAAUGGGUCCAUAGAAAGACAAUUAAAGAAAUAAAAAGAAAAGAAACAAUCACAUAAAAAAUAAUAAUCACAUAUACAAGUCACUGAUUUACAGAAAGUCUAGACCGCCAGUGAUUCCACAUCCUGGACUUAAAUCUGACUGACCUUUGUGAAAUAUCUGUUAGUAUCUGGAUGAUGUUGUUUGUUGAAACACGUAACCUCCACAUAAACCUGUACAAAAGGUUUCGUAAGACAGCAUGAAAAGUGGAGACACCAACAAAUAACUGACUAGCACUAGUCCAUCUCAACACCCUAAGCAGCAUCCUCAUUCCGUCAUUGUAUGCCACUUUGAGUUUUGUAAACUGCUUUGUUUAUACUGUCUCCAUAAGUGAGCACCAUACAGAGGAGUGCAGUAUGCUUUAAAGAGAGCUACUUUCCCUGAGACAGAACACAUCUCGAACUUGCGUACCAGCAUUUUGACUUGUGCAUAUAUUAAGCAACGUUUACAUAUAAAUAUAUUUGUCCAAUUUGAUUAAUUGGAUAAAUAUAUUUGAAUAUUUGAUCUCUAAAUCUUCUCUGUUUUAAAAACUUUAGGUAUGAGAUGUAUUCAAGUUUCUUGCUUGUAGCUGUCAAAUGUGUUUGAAAUGAAAUUACACAAUUAAGCCAUCUCGUUAUGAACCCUUCCUUAACUCAAGAAGUGCAAAAACUACUUUUGUAGAGCUUGUAUUUAGAGUAUUUUGCAAAAGUAUUUUUACAGUUUUGUUCUCUUUCCUUUCACUUUAAAGUAGUGUACUGUUUUGUGAGUAUCACAUAAAAUACCAAUAAAAUACACUGAAGUUUGGCUCCGUAACAUGACAAAAUGUCAUGUGAACAAGUUUAAGAGGUAUGAAUACAUUCUUUGCACUUUGUGUAUAGUCCCCCCUUAAUGCGCAUGAAUACAGAAAGGUAAUUUUACAAGCCUCAUAUGUCAUAAAAAACAAUAUUUAGACUUCCAAACGUUCACUGACAUGUCCAGACCUUCUGUGAACUCUGACUCAUUAUUGGCCAUGAGGAAAAGCCAGAUAAGGUAAUAUUCUCACAGGGAGUUAAACAUGAGUUCAGACUUUGUUGAAUGAGAACUAGUGCAGGUUUACUGUUUUUCCAUCCUGGUAUAUGUACAAGUUAUUCCACUCAACUCUGACCUGUUUCAUAUUUAGUUGUGUGAAAAUGUCAGAGUUGAUCUUUAAAGCUGCUCAUUAGAUUUUUCCCCCCCUCACAUAUGCUUCCUUCUGUUGUUAAACAGCCAGGAGUCGAAUUUUAAAGUCAAAUUUCUCACUGCAUGGUUUAUUUUCCAUGACUUGGUCAUAAAUUUCACACCAUACAUUGGCAGUGGAGCCUACAUAAUAAUCCAAAAUGCAGAGCACCCACUCUACUGCACAAAAAUCUUUUAAAGAAACUCACUGCAUUCAUACGGUUUCUAGUUUUAUUCCUAAGUAUUUGGGAGUACCGUACACAAAAUGAAAGACAUUUCACUGACUCGUGCAACUCUUCAAACAAAUAAACAGUUAUAAUCAACUGCUUGCAGUGAUCUGCAUGUUGCUUAUGAACAGAUCAGGUUUCAAAAACAAAUUUCAGUCUUUUAUUUGACAAACCAGCAGUGUCAAAGUGUAGUCCCCAAAGGCCAGUCUCCUGAAGCUUUUGCAUGUCUCCCUGGCCUGCACACCUGAAUCACACUAAUGCAUUGCUAAGUUAGUAUUCAGUAUAAUGCUACAAAGUCCUGCUAAGAACCUAAAUAUUCAAUUCAAGCAUGUUGAAGCAGAGAUGCAUCUAAAAGCUGCAGGAUACUGCCCCCUUUAGGACUGGAGUUUGACACCUGCAAACCUUUUCUGACACCAGUAAAAUGAAAAAGCUUCUCUGUGACUAGACAUGGGCUGGUAUUAGAAUUCGGAGAGAUGUUGUUACUUCAAUCAAAUGUUCAAGGUGCUGGGCUUUAACGAACAACAAAUAAAUUUGAUUGCUAAACUGAAUUGCUUUGUUCCUAAAUAUGACUUGCAAUAAGUGUUUAUAGCCUAUCAAAAUGUUAGCUUUUUAUUAUUAUCCGCCACAGCAGGAAGCUUGUAUGAAGUGGGUUGUUUAUUUCACCAGUAGAAAUCACCCGUCAGAUCUUGUUUGGUUUAAAUGGUACUGUUAAAAAGUGAUAAGAGGCACUCCAAUCUAUGUCUGCCUCUUUUUUUUUUACCUUAGAAAUUUCCUGUCUUACAGAAAACUCUGACUUGUUUGUUUGGAAGUAUGGAAAACUUUUCAGGGAAUUCUCCACCUUCAGGCAUCCAACACAGCUUACUAGCUGCUCCAAGUAACAGGUGUGGGGAGGUGGACCUAACCCAAAUAACGUUUUUAUUUCCUACAAGAUAUAUUUUCACACUGCUUGCUUUAUCGUAUUUGUUUUGCAAGGUGUCUGUAGGCUUUGUUGGAAAAGAAGGUUUUGGAAAAUUCCCCGUGACUGACUCCUUUCAGCAGCAAGCAAGAGGAAGUUGAACACUAUUGUCUGUCAUUCUACUGCUGUCAGUAAACUCUUAAACUGUAAUAGCAGUGAAAUGUUAUUUCACUGCUAUUACAGUGAAAUGACUAACAAUAACUGCUACUGUAAUAGCAGUUAUUUCACUGCUAUUACAGUGAAAUAACUGUGGUUCUAUGUAAACUAGAACCACUGAUUUUCUUUAAAAAAGAUUUAGAAACUGGAAGCCAGCCCAUGUCUGGAUACAUGGCAAAAUAUUUAAAAAAACAAACAUCUUCAUUGCUGGUUCUUAAUGCAUUGAGAUAUAGACAAACACUGCCGUCUGCUGUUCAGCCCGUAUAUUUGUCUGCACAUAUUAUAGUAGUUUCUGGCCAUGUUUUGACAUAUGUUUGCCUCUUUUUCCUACAUUUAGCAUAUUCCAUACAUUUGUUUACACAAUACCAGCACUAUUUUGUGGAUCACACAAUGUAUUAUAAGGAAUGUGAAAUGCCAUUUUUAGGUAUUAUAUAUAUGCUGAGUAUACACAAGGCAAUUGUGAAUUGCUGCAUUUUAUCCUCAUAACAGGUCUGUUACAGUGUAAAGAUUGGACAGUGUUUGAAUGUAUAAGUUAAAACUGAUGUUUUUUUUAAACGUUUGUGAAGUUAUUGACAUUUGGUUGCUAGUUCUUUGGCGGUUUGACUCAUUUGUACUGCUGUACUGCAUUUUUGUCGCCUUUUUUGUACAAACUAUUAUUGUGACGUACUUCUUCAACCAUUCUGUUAAAUAUCCUUCGUCAUUAUCUGUGUUGCUUUUGGAUGAGUCACCUACAUGAAUAAUGGUAGUCAGAGCUGGGCCAGACUGUAAUUGUAACUCAUUUGCUUUGCAGAAGAGGCUUGUUAAAUCAAUCAAGAGUAGCCAGGUAGUUGUGUUUAUUAUCACAGAAAAGUACAUAAAUCGACUUAUAAGUAAUUUCCUGCGAUUUUCUCUUAAUUUUGCAAUCCCAUGCGGUGUAAGUCAGCCAUCUGCUGGCCAUAAAAAGCUGAGAUGAUAGUCAAUUGAUAUCUCACAGAUUGGAAAGUCGUCUGGUUUAACUCCUCUAAAUUGUCCAAGAUGUAGUAAUCUCUACCCUCUGGUGCUCUUGAGGACUUUCAAACAUAUGCUGGAAAUUACUUACAAAUACUGCUUGGCCCAGGUGACACUCCAUCUGUCGUCAUUUUCUCGCCUUCAUUCUGAUAAGUGGCUUGUAGCAGGCGUUUUAGCACAAAUGAGCCCACUGCCCGACUCCGCUGGAGUUUAUUAUGCGGUCCACUUCUUGUCUUGUUACGUUUCUGUUCAUGUAGAGAUUCUGCAAAAGGUCUUUGUUGUGAUGUUGGAUUGUCUGUAAAUGGGUCUUUGUCAUUGCUGACGUCUCAACAGAAGCAUCACCACCCAAAGCCUUACAGUAAUGACUGAUUCGGGAUACAUUUUUCAGUUUGUGUAUUUCACUUCAAGCAGCUGGAAGGGGUGAACCCUUAAAAAGUUGGAUGAUGUUGAAGUGCACUUGAUUUUAAAUUGCUGUGUUAUUUUUCUUACCUUGGAGCAGUCCAUUCUUUCUUAUGUUUAAAAACAAAUAAAUGAAUGAGGUAUUACCA